AUGGCGGGCCGAUUUCACUCCCGCGAAGGAUCCGAUACCUCUCUCAACGCGUCCAUUGCUUCCCCGCGAUCCAGCACCGAGUCCCGGUCUCCCUCUACACGAAAUCCACUCCGCAUUUCAGCAAACCACCAGCACAGACCAAGCUUGAGCGAGUCACUUCGCGGCCCGCCAGGUUCUCCCCGCGCACGCCGGCAGCCGUCCCUCCCACAAUCUGCCAUCCAGAGCCUCAUCGACAAUCCCCCACCACCGAAGGCUAGCAACCCUGCCUUUGUUGGUCGUGAUUGGAGACAGAUUUCAAUUGGCGAGCUGGUUAGCCCGGAUGACCUGAAGUUUGUCGAGCUUGACACGGGUAUUGAAGAUGCGACGAACAUCUUGAUUGAUUCAGGUGCGGCUGUGCUGUUGAUCCGCGAGACCCCUGAAGCCACUUCCGCCGUCGCCACAUUCGACUAUGCCGAUCUCAACUCCUAUCUCCUACUGGCAGCGGGCCUGACACAUCCCGACGAAGCGCAUCGAGCGUCGUAUGAAGAACUAGCCAAGAAAGCUCACAACGGCGUGCCCAUUCCACUGAGAGAUGUGAAGAAGUUUGGCAUGGAGAAGGAGCCACUGAUCAACCUGCCAGCGUCGGCCAAUGUUUUGACGGCGGUUGAGAUAUUUGGUGGUGGUGUGCACCGGGUUGUGGUGGUCAAAGAGUCCAAUGAUCGAGAAGUAGUCGGAAUCUUCAGCCAGUUCCGACUGGUCAAAUUUCUCUGGGAAAAUGGCCGCAGCUUCCCGGUCAUUGAAGAGCUGUAUCCGAAGGCUCUGCGUGAGCUGGUGAUUGGAUCGCAAGAAGUGAUUUCCAUCAAUGGUGAUAAACCCCUCUCUGAUGCUCUUCAUGUGAUGAACAACGAGGGCAUGUCCUCGAUCGCGGUUGUUGACAACUAUUUAAACGUGCUUGGGAACAUUUCCACAGCGGAUGUCAAGCUUCUGACCCGAUCAUCUUCAUUACCACUUCUUCAAAACACCUGUACUCAUUUCAUCUCGAUCAUUCUGUCCACGCGGGGUUUGAUUGAGGGUAAAGACUCAUUCCCGGUCUUCCAUGUCAAUCCUGGAUCGACACUCGCUCACACAGUCGCAAAGCUCGUGGCAACUCGAUCGCAUCGGCUCUGGGUAACCGAUCCGUUAUCUCCAACCUCCUCAGGACCGCCAACUCCAUCACAGUCUUCAGUCCACCUCCCUCUUUCCAACAGCAUCAGCUCGGCUACCGGAUCUUAUGCUACAAAUUCUCCGCCACCAUCUCCUUCUGUCCCCGUGACACCUUCUGCACUGCCCUCUCAAUAUCCUGCCCCUCACCUACCAAAUCCCAACCUACCCUACACAUGCCCAGCCCCAGGUGUGACAGUCCCAGUGCCAUCGCCCAUCUCGCAUUCUAUUCCCUCAUCCACUCUAGAUGGAGCACGACUGUCCGGGCGCCUGGUUGGAGUACUUAGUCUGACGGACAUCCUGAACUUGCAUGCCCGAGCCGGUGGGCUAAACCCAGCUGACCCCGCGGAGUCUCGUAGCCGCCGCCGACGCAGUAGUUCUUCAAGCCAGAGUGUCCGCCGCAGCGGUGACAUUGGCCGGGAGCUUUUCAGCCGUGGUGGCAUGUAA